AUGUCACAUUUAAUUGAAAGCGAUUUCCUAUUACAAACCAAAGCUUUUAUCAAUGGUAAAUGGGUAGAUACGGGUGAUUCCUUUGACGUUUCGAACCCUGCCACUGGUGAUGUUAUCCAGAAGGUAUCGAAUUGUGGGGUAGGCCACUAUAAUGAAGCUGUUAAAGGUGCACAUGAAGCGUUUGCUAAGUUUAAACAGACAAAUGUAAGGGAGCGUGCGCAGAUUCUAGAGAAUAUAUACGACUUGAUGCAAGAGCACAAGCAGGAUUUAGCCAAGAUUAUAACUAUAGAGAAUGGGAAACCAUUGAAGGAUGCCCUAGGUGAAGUUGAGUAUUCUUCAAUGUAUUUCAAAUGGUUUGCUGAAGAGGCUCCCAGAGUUUAUGGAGAUGUUAUCAGCAGCGGAGUGCCAGGCAAGCAAAAGAUCUUUACUAUUCGGCAGCCAUUGGGAGUUGUUGGGAUCCUCACCCCAUGGAACUUCCCUAGUGCGAUGAUUGCGAGGAAAUUGGCACCAGCUAUUGCGACAGGGAACACAUCUGUCAUAAAACCUGCACACGAAACCCCGUUUAGUGCCUUGGCAUUAGGUGCACUUGCUGAGAGGGCUGGUCUACCGGCAGGCGUAUGCAGUGUGUUACCCACUAAUCACACCCAUGAAGUUGGUGAAUACUUGUGCGAGCACGAAUUAGUCAAAAAGAUUACGUUCACAGGAUCGACCAAAGUUGGCCAAUUGUUGAUGGGUCAAUCAAGCAAGGGCAAAAACAUCAAGAAGUUCUCUAUGGAACUUGGUGGUAAUGCCCCAUUCAUCGUAUUUGAGGAUGCAGACAUCGAUCGUGCACUUGAAGGGAUCAUUGGAUGCAAGUUUAGACAAUCGGGACAGACUUGUAUAUGCGCCAAUCGUAUAUUUAUCCAUGAGAGCAUUUACGACGAGUUUAGUAAGAAGCUCGUUGAACGCAUUGAAUCUACAUUCAAGUUAGGCGAUGGGCUUCAGGACGAUGUUACUCAUGGUCCAUUGAUUCACCAGGGAUCAAUUGACAAAGUAUCGGCUUUAGUGCAAGACGCAAAGACCAAAGGUGCAGAUGUCCUAACCGGUGGAUCGAGAGCUAGUACCCUUGGUCCAUUAUUCUAUCAACCAACCGUUCUAGGCAAUGUAACGGAAUCGAUGAAUAUAUUCCACGAGGAGAUUUUCGGACCUGUGGCCUCGUUAAUCAAAUUCAAAGAUAUUGAUGAGGUUAUCAGUCGCGCAAACAACACUGAUGUUGGGUUGGCUGGAUACUUUUACAGCAAGGACAUCGCGACGAUUUUUGAUGUCGCUGAAAAGCUCAAUGUAGGUAUGGUCGGUGUGAACACCGGUGCCAUUAGCGAACCAUCGUUACCAUUUGGAGGUGUUAAAAAUUCUGGUUUAGGAAAGGAGGGAUCCAAGUACGGUAUCGAAGACUACACAGAAUUAAAGGCCAUUGUGGUGGCCCCAUAG